UGCGCCGUGGCGAGCGCUUCGUUGGCGGCUCCCGAGCGAAAGGAUCGUGACUCGGGAGUCCUUCUAAUCGGUACAAAUCGCGAAAUCCGUGCAUCAUGGCGGUGCUUUGGUGGUUGCUCGUGGUACAAGUGGUGUUGGUUAAGCCACCCACUUACCACUCGGCCACGCCCCCUGGCAACGGUCAGUUGCGCCGCCUCUGGCUGCAGGAUCAUUGCAGCGCGGGAAUCUGCACCAAUGUGGUGAUCGGUCGCAGUGACUAUGUGAUCUUGUCACAGGCACCCAUUGCGGGCACCACAAUGCUCACCUUUCUGAACUCGAGCAUUGCGAAGAUACCACACCUGCUCUUCGACACUUUUCCGGAUCUGCAGGUGCUCCGCAUGGAAAACUGCUCCCUGGAAACGUUCGAGAAACCGCAGUUCGAGGGGGCCAGCAAUUUGAUGGGCUUGUUUCUGGGACACAAUCGCCUAAAGGAGAUACCCAAGAAUAUAUUUCUGGGCGCGGACAACCUGGCCACCCUGCAUCUUGAGGGGAACCAGUUGAAACAGUUGGGCAACCAUAGUUUCCAUGCCCUCAAGGAGGUGAAGGAACUUUCUCUGGCGGAAAAUCAAUUGGAGCAGCUUGCGCUCGGAGUUUUCAGCGGUAUGCGGAAACUAAUGGAUCUAAGUUUGGCUGGCAAUCGCCUGGAGGCUCUCCCAAGAGGAAUCUUUGACCGGAAUUUAAACCUCACCAAAUUGAGCCUCGCAAGAAAUCGGUUUACCGCCUUCGAAUCGGAGCUGUUGAGGCUGCAACCCGUUAUGACUCAGCUGGACAUUUCGGGGAAUAUCUUCCAAGAGCUAACACUCAACUUCAGUUCGCUGGAGGUGGCUAUAGCGCACAGCUGCGAUUUGAGGAGGCUAACCGUUUACGGAGUGGUUCACGAACUCGAUUUGCGCAACAAUUCGCUGAGGGAAAUGCCGCAUAUUCCACAGGCCGCCAACGUGAGCAGCUUGGACUUAUCGCACAAUCCGCUGGGAAAUCUUCAGGGAAAUCCCCUGCGUAGAUUCACAUCGCUGCUGCGAUUGAAUAUUUCGGCAACCGGAGCUCACGAGCUGCCGGAGGGAUUGUUCAAGAAGCAGAGCCAUUUGCAAAUGCUGGAUAUUUCGGGAAAUUCCAUUUACUCCCUGAAGAUCACAAUAUUCGACAGCUUGAAGGCGCUGCAGUAUUUCUACUUCCAGCAGAACAACUGGAACUGCGAUUUCCUGCAGCUUCUGAUGAGUUCGUUUGUGAAGCGCAAGGAUAUAUCCUUCAUGGAGGACAUCACAGCUCCCGAACUGGUGGACGACUAUGUGGAUGGCAUUGCCUGUUGGUAUGAGAGCGACAAGCAGUCGAAGAAGUGCGAAUCUGGUGGAUCGGAAGCGGCCAUGGAACUCUCUGUGGUGCGAAACGAGAUCAGGGCCUUCACUGAGGUGGUGGAGAAGAAGUUCGUGAAGGUCUAUCGCAUGUUGGAGGAGCUGAAAAUGAAGCUAUAACGGGAAUCGGAUCAAGGAUCUUCCCAUAUUAAUCAAACCAUAUUUAACCCCCAUAUUUAACCAACUAUUUAACCAAAUAUGAAGUAUUGUUAACCUACACUAUAAGUUAUUUGACACACGACAGCAAGGCUAAGGUAUUUUAAGAUGUUUUCUGGAACCAAUAAAGCACUACUUGGAACUCUAGGGAA